AUGCAGUUCACCAAGCUAACGCAGUCACGACUAAUAACCCUCUGCAAGUUCUCAGCUGCCGCGUCGCUAGCGGGCGUCGGAGGCUGGCAGUUCUGGACGGGUAAAUGCUACUUCGAGCCUUUCGGGCCCGAGAAUGAUGCCUUAUUUCAGAGCGAGUACUUCAAGAAGUUCAACCCAGGGAACCAUCCAUCGCUGAACGAUUCGUGUGUGCGGAAAGUGCCAGUGUCUCAGAUACCGCCGGAUUUGGUGGAAGAUGCGCUCCGAGGUGGUUCUAAGUUGACGGAGAGGUUUUGUGCUGGUGUGUGGGGUGGUUAUGGAUACUCCAUCCAGCGAAAUAUCCUAGCUUUGGUUGGCCAGAAUGAGGGAAAUGCGAAGUCAAUGUUGUGGGAUAAGAAUCAACUGCUGAGCAGUACCUAUGAAGAAGGAACGAUAGUGACCGAUCACUUCAAGGUGGUUGCAAAGAAUCCCAGAUCAAUCAUCAUGUGGGGGGCCGAGUCUCCUUCAACGAACCCGGAACUUCGCCGUGAGAUGGAAAAUCUAUCUGAGGUUUCUACCAACGUCGAUACAGAUAAAGGGGUGGUAGAAUUCCGGCUGAAGAAUAUAUUCUACAAUGGCGUAGAGCGACUGACAGGGGAUCUUUUCCCACCGCCAAUCGUGUGGUUGCACUUUCAGUACUGCAAGUUGUUGGUUGAGGCAGGUCAGCUAUUGAUCGUCGAAGAGGACGUUUGA